CGUCUCUGCUCUGGAAUCUGCUGGAUCUCUGCGCAGGCAAUAAUAUUUAGUGCUGCAUCCCCGAAGUGCCUCAUUCUCCUCACUAAUCAGCAUUUCUACCUCGCUUUUGCCUAUGCCACGAAACAUUAUUUUCCGAUAACCUCAGCUUCCUCUCCGACACCUCCGACAACGUAUCUUUGCACCCACUAUGACCGACUCACCAUUCCAGCGCAUACCGCUCGACCCGAAAGAACAGCCGAUCUUGGACCGAGUUCUGAUCAUCCGCGACCACCUAUCCCUCCUCAAGCAGGACCGAUCGACAUAUGUCAAGAGCGCAGAUGUUGUCAAGCACUAUAAUGCGCUGGUAGAGCAGGUUGAGCUGCUGAACCGCAUUCGCGAGAACAAGCGCGAUGAGCAGAACAGAGUCGAUACCGUCUUGGAUGACUGUUUCCGUUUGAUAUCACUUUUCUUCCUGACCAUUGGUCGCAAUCGAGAGGCGCCGGCAAUCUACUCGUGCGUAUCAACAGUAGACAGGCUGCUGAAUCACCUGAAAGAAGCUGGAUUCUAUCUUCCCAAAGAUCUAGAGAGCAUAAGCCAGAAUCUGGACAAAUGGGAGCAUACCAUCGAGAGAGGGCAAGAUGAGUACAGCCCUCACCUUCUGACCCUACUUGAGGCAAGAAUCAAAGUGGCCAAGGCCAAAUUACGUGAGCUUGAAGAGCCUCUGGGCGUCUUAGAAGCCGGACAAAUGAAGACCUAUGAGACUUUGGUCAGUAUUCUGAGAAGCUUAAGCGCGUGCAACACGAGGUCGAGGUUCCCUACCAAGGAAGUCAAGGAAUUCGAGAGGCAGCUUCUUGAGAUAGAAUCCAAGCUCAAGCUUACUCACGACGACCACAAAGGCAAGACCGCACAAGAAGUCUACGCCGAGCGACUUGAGCUCAUGAACAAAUGCGAGAACUGCCACCAGGAUCCCAACUUCGUUGUUCAGUCUCUUCUUGCACGCUGCCUGCUAUGGGUUGAGAUCAUCCAGCAGAAGCAAGGCAAGAUCGAUGAACGUUUCAAAGAGCACUUCGACAAGCUGCUCAAGAUCAAGAACAGUCUUGACCAGAUGAAUCUCACCAUGGCGUGGAGCUUACGCGAGACCGAUCUUUACGACUUCCAGCGACAGCUCGACCGUAUUGACGAUUCGCGUGUGAACGGCAACUUUGUCGAUGCGGAAGGAAAGCCAGCUGAUCUCUACGCUCAGCGAACUCUCCUCUACCUCCUGCGCAAGUCCUACGCUUACAUCUACCAAUACAUCAUCUCCUCCGAACCCGUCUCGGAAGCACUCCUCCCUAUCUACAACCAGCUUCUUACACUCAAGAGAUGUCUGGUGGAAGUCAAGAAGAACGGCGGCGUUGAUAGUCCGCGCGAGCUGUAUCCAUAUUCGAUGAAGCUGACAUCCAUCGACAACAUGAAAAAAGACGGCAAAUUCAUGAUUGGUAACGACAUCCCUGAAGGACAGGGCUCAGUCUCGGCUUUGUUGGCAGAGUGCUUCGAUCUGGCAUACGAGCUGCGGAAUGAAUCCGACGAGCGAGCCCAGAAGCAACACGAACCGCUGCCCGACCCAGAAGAGGUCAAUGGUGUCGGGAACAGGACGACUAGAGAUGAUAAGAGUGUCAACUUCAAAGUCGACGGAAUCGAGGAAGACAUUGAUCUGGACUCAAAUCCUGGUGCAAACCAAGCCAUUACUAGUAUGGGCCUGACCAGAACGAGGACAAGAGGCGAGUAGGAGAAGGGGGAAGUGUUUGACGCUUGGAUUUUCCGAUGCAUGGCGUCCUGCGGCGUUUCACAUACAGGCACGACAGAGUUGAAACUUAACGGCUGGUGGUAGUCUGACCACUUUUUGGGCAUGAGCAUGACUUGAGAUGUGUGAUUGUGGAUAAGUACUCGCGAGGGAAGAAUCAAGUGUAUGAAAAUUUGCCAGGCG